GCUGCGGCGCUGGGGAAGGACGGGACCAGAGCGGAUUCAGCGGGGCUGGCGGUGGCGGUGGCGGCGGGAGCUUUUUCUGGACAAGAGAUUUCAGACUCAUCAGACAUGCAGAGCACGGCAAAUUACCUCUGGCUCACCUCUGACAUCGUUGGUCAAGGAGCCACUGCUAAUGUCUAUCGUGGACGCCAUAAGAAAACCGGAGACCUGUACGCCGUCAAAGUAUUCAACAACAUCAGCUUCCUGCGGCCGAUUGAAGUACAGAUGCGGGAGUUUGUGGUCCUUCGGAGACUGCAUCAUAAAAACAUUGUGAAGCUUUUUGCUGUGGAAGAGGAGAAUACCAGCAAAAAUAAAGUGCUUGUGAUGGAGUUUUGCUCUUGUGGAAGCUUGUACACUAUACUGGAAGAGACCAAGAAUGCAUUUGGUCUGCCGGAAUCAGAGUUCUUGAUCGUGUUGCGAGAUGUAGUGGCCGGUAUGAAUCACCUACGGGAGAACGGGAUAGUGCACAGAGACAUCAAGCCUGGAAACAUUAUGCGUGUGAUCGGAGAGGAUGGACAGUCUGUUUACAAGCUGACUGACUUUGGAGCCGCCAGGGUUUUGGAAGAUGAUGAGCAGUUUGUCUCGCUUUAUGGAACGGAGGAGUAUUUGCACCCAGACAUGUAUGAACGAGCUGUGCUGAGAAAACCUCACCAGAAGACGUAUGGAGCGACCGUGGAUCUCUGGAGUAUUGGGGUCACAUUUUACCACGCAGCCACUGGCAGUCUCCCUUUCCGACCCUUUGAAGGACCCCGCAGGAACAAGGAAGUAAUGUACAAAAUAAUCACAGAGAAACCUCCUGGGACAAUAUCAGGAGUUCAGAAAUCAGAAAACGGACCCAUUGCUUGGCAUUGUGAUUUACCAAUGUCCUGCAACCUUUCAAGAGGUCUGCAAUCUUUGCUGACUCCAAUCUUGGCAAACAUCCUCGAAGCUGAUCAGGAGAAGUGCUGGGGCUUUGAUCAGUUUUUUGCAGAAACCAGUGACGUUUUGCACAGAAUAGUGAUCCACGUCUUCUCUCUGCACCAGGUCACGUUGCACAAGAUUUACAUCCAAAGCUACAACAAGGCCCAUGUAUUUUAUGAUUUGGUCUACAAGCAGACAGACAUUGCACCCGAAUUUCAGGAACUGAUGUUUGAAAGCCGCUCCCUCGAGCUUGAUCCUGACAUGCAAGCCCAACAUUUCCCCAAGACGUCUGAAGAUAACCCUCUGAUAAUUAUGAGCAAAGAACCCAUGAAUAUAAUUGGACUGGCCUUCCAGGAACCUUCCAUUCCAAAGUUGCAUCCACGGUACGAUUUGGAUCUCGAUGCCUCCUCUGCAAAGAAUGUUAAAGGUGCUGUUUACCAAAUACGCAAAACAGUCUCCUUGCUGUUGCACUAUCAGGAAUUGGCACGGAAGGGCGUCCGAUGGUUGGUUCGAAUCGUCAUGGAUAAUUUUCGUGAGACUUUACACAAGAAGACUGAAGUGGUUCUGAAGCUAAAUUACUGCAUCACAACUGUAGAAAGAGCCAGAAAUUUAUACAACAGUUUGCUGCAGACGACCAUACUGCCGUCAGAACUGGAUGAAAUUCCAGAAAUCCACAACAAGCUUCUGCGUUUGGCAGGUUCUUUGGACUCCAUAAACCACAAUUUGAAGGACAUUGAAGAUGCGUUUUUGCCUGGCAACCAGCUAUCCGAUCACUGGACCUACCAAGUAGGAACACAUCCAGAGGACAAAAUCACCGAGCAGCUACAGGUUCUUCUGGACUUGAUAACGGACAUCUACCAUCAGUUCAAAAAGGAUAAAGCUUUGCACAAGCUGCCGUAUAACGAAGAGCAGAUCCACAAAUUUGAUAAGCAGAAAAUGUGGGUCCAUGCUUCGAAAGCCAUGUACUUGUACAAAGAUGAAUGUUUUGCAAAGUACCAAACGUUGCUUGCCAAAGCGGACGACUGGAUGAAGAAGACUCAUUUUAUGAGAAAGCAGAUGCUGAACGUUGCCAAUCAAUUUGUAAACAUCGAACAGGAGGUAUUCACCUAUCAAGAGCACAUCAAAAAGUUGCAGGAGCUGCUGCCUCAGAAAUCUCUCCUGGCGACCCCUGGGGACUGGAAGCCUCCCAUGUCCCAGUCCUACCCCAGCCAGAACACGCUGAUGGAAAUGACCAUUGGAAUGAAGAAAUUGAAGGAGGAAAUGGAAGGAGUCGUUAGGGAGCUUGCUGAGAACAAUCACAUCCUGGAACGGUUUGGAGCGCUGACCGUGGAUGGAGGAAUUCAAAGUCCCGAUUGCCUGUGAACAAACUGAGGGACCAUGUACUGUUUGCCUGGGUCCAUCACCCUUGCACUAUCAGCCUGGCACCACCCUGCUCUUUGCACUUUGUAAAACUCUCUAAUGCAAAUAAUGGGGACUAACGAGAAAUUAAAUUGCAUAAAUAAAAAACAGACAGUAUGAAGAACUGCAGAUGCUGGUUUACCAAAACAAAAAGAAGGAUAAAAGUGCUGGAUUAACUCAGCAGGUCAGGCAGCAUCUCUGGAGAACAUGGAUAGGUGAUGUUUCAGGUCAGAUCUGCAUGGAAGGAGGACUCUAAAUCUCAGUUUUGAUUUCUGACAUUUAAUUUCUCAGUAGUCUCCACACCCUGUCUAUAGAACUGUGGUGAAAGUCUCUGUCUGUGUCCCUAAUGUUGUAAGGGAUAUAUUCCGCUUCAUGCUGCUACGGAGACACAUGUAUACAGUGUUGAUUCUUCUUCCCUCUGGUUCGUAACAGCUGCCUGCGUUUAUGUAGUGUUUGUGGAGACUGAGUUGCCCAAUGAUCUCUGGUGGGACAAUGGGAGCCAAGCAGUAACAGGUUGGAUUUGAACAUGAGACCCCACUCUAAGAUGUGUUAUUAGAUACUCUUUGAACCUGACUCAUGUUCGGAGAUACUGGGACAUAGGAGUAGAAUUAGGCCCUAUGCCCAUCAAGUCUACUCCGCCAUUCAAUCAUGGCUGAUCCAUCUUUCCCUCUCAACCCCAGUCUCCUGCCUUCUCCCCAUAACCCCUGACACAUGUACUAAUCAACAUCCUGCCAAUCUCCACUUUAAAAAUAUCCAAUGAGUUGGCCUCAAGGGGGCGGCACAGUGGCGCAGUGAUAGAGUUGCUGCCUCACAGCACCAGAGACCCGGGUUCCAUCCUGACUACAGGUGCUGUCUGUACAGAGUUUGUACGUUCUCCCUGUUACCACAUGGGUUUUCCCCGGAUGCUCCUGUUUCCUCCCACACUCCAAAGGCGUGCAGGUUUGCAGCUUAUUUGUAAAUUGUCCCUAGUGUGAUGGUGCUAGUUUACGGGGUGAUCGCUGAUUGUCGUGGACUGAAGGCCUGUUUCCACGCUGUAUCACUAAAUUCUGAAGAGAGCUAGGUUUUAAGAAUCAUAAAUGUUGAGAGGUUUGGGAAAGGACUUAAAAAGCUUAGGAAUUUGUCACCCAAAGCCAGGUCUACCAAUGACUUCGGAAAUGCCUGAGGACAGGUUUCAUAAGACAUAGGAGCAGAAUUAGACCAUUCGGCCCUUCACGUCUACAACGCCAUUCAAUCACUCCCGAUCUAUCAUUCCCUCUCAACGCCAUUCCCCUGCCUUCUCCCCUGAACCCCUUACUAAUCAAGAACCCGUCAAUCUCCGCGUUAAAAACACCCAUUGACUUGUGCUCCACAGCCGCCUGUGGCACAAGACUGGACAAACUGUAGGCAGAAGGGGGUGAGGGGACCUUAGAGGAACUUGAAAACACGGGCGAGAGAUUUUUAACUGGAUGAGAGGUGUUGCCUAACUGGAGCCAAUGUCAGCGCUGGACCUGGGUUAGAUGGAGUUCAGAUAACCAGUCAGAAAGUGAUGGGGGAUAAUAUUUGGUAGGCAACAGUGACUAGGACGUGUACAUGCUGUAUAGCUCUCGACGCUGCACCUGCCCCAUACCAAGUAUCCGCUAGUUUCCACUGAACUUGGAAGUGAUCACUUUGUAUUUCAAGUCGAGUUAUAACGCUGUGACCUUAUCAAAAAAAGAAACAUUUCUGGCACUUUGCAAAUUUUAACCUGCUGCAGUUUACAAAAGUUAUAUUAAACACAGACUCCAAAUAAUCAGAUUAAAUCAAAGAAAGGCUGAGCUGCCUUUGUAAACAAUGUGAAUAUAGCCCUUUUUAAUUAUACUUGCGCCUGUAUAUAGUGUACAUAUUUGUAUGCAAAACCUAAUUGUUCAAAUCUUCAAUUGAACAGAAUUGGCAGUGCAGAUGAGAGAUGUGCUGAGUUUAUUUUAAAGUCGGGAAAGUUGAUGCUAGCAUAUAUUUACUGUCUGAUCCCUUUACAGAAGCAGCCAUUUAGUCUCUUCCUUAAAAUUAAGUUCCACGUUUAACCGAGGGCGACUAAACCGUCUCCCCCACCUGGUUUGCCAGGUGAGGAGGGGGCUGUGGACCCCCAGCAGGACCACAAACAAGACAUGUCAAAGGGCAGUUGAGCUUCUAGCGAGCCAACGGCCAUCCACACUUCAGUAGAAGUUGCGAUCACUGUCGUACAUAGCGUUGUAAGGAAUGAUGAUAAAGCACACACACCAGAAUCCUGUACUUCCAGCGGUGGACGACUGCAGGAACUGGAGGCCAGAGAUGUGUGGUGCGUCCGUCACCGUUCCCGUCGGAAACCAGCACCACUGCGUCGCUAAUGUUUUCAACGAUGAUAAUAAUAAUAAUUAUUAACUGAGGGAACUAAAGCACUGUACAGGUCCACCACCGAUUUCCCUUGGUUCCAGAGGCUUUCUGGAUUAUCCAUGUUGCCGAACCAACAGAACCUCUGAGAGGAGUCCAACACUUGGCCGCCUCACCCAGCCUAGGCGCCACAUUUUCAGGGGGAACUUCCAGGGGGGAUUUCAAGUGCUCUCGUAAUUUUGUCCAGAUUAAAGGAAAUGCCAGCCCACCAAAAUCGGUGGUGAACCUGUACCUCAUUCAACUUAGCAAACAAAUAAUUGUAUAUCAUUAAAUCCUUGUGAUCAAGAGCACAUUCAAUAAUUUUGUUUGUGGGCCGGCAUUGAUUUUGAAAGCUGGGCUUAAAUCAGUGGGAGAUAUUCUACUGGUAACUGGAAUAAUUGCCGUCAAAAUAUUUAACAUUUUUCAUCUUGAAGUGUGUUAAUGUCUUCUAGCUCCGUGAAGACUUACACUGGUUAUUUGUUCAACAAGAUAAUACAACCGUUUUGUUUUGCCAAUCCGUUAUGUCUAUUUUUUGUAUACAAUGUACGAUGGGAAACCAUUUAUAAAAUAUUAAACAUCUUACAUUUGCAUGAA